CGCCGCCCUCCAGCAUCUAUCUUUGUUUGCUCUCCCAUUCCAUUCAGAUGAAGGAUGUUGCUUGUUUCUUUCCUGCGGGCAUUUUAGAUGAAGAUACCAAAAUAGUACUUUCAUCGCCUAAAUCUACUAAAAGGCACAUUUGCGCUUUUCAUUGUUAUCGAAGGACACUUUUGCUCAGCGUAUGACGAAGAUUCUGUGGGCUAAGUAGGAUAUGUAAGGUGGACAAUAUGCCGACGCACAUUUGUAGUUGAACUAGUGCUAUCAUGUAGCCUCAUUUGAUUUGACUUUGGGAACAAUGGCUACCCUAUUAACCCACGCUCAGUUGCUGCACACCGGAAGAGGCCACUUUUUUACCAAGUGAAAUUGUAC